AUGCCGGCACUGCCGGGAGAAGCAUCACUCACUCCUGCACAUCGGGUAAUACAGUCAGCCGCUCCAACGAUACCUCAAGACUCAAAUGCGGCCAUCACCUCAUUAGAAAAGUCCGUACAUCAAGCUGAUGCAACGGCAGUAGCCGCCUUGGCAAGCACUACGAAUAACACGGUUCUUCUUGCGACCGCCAUGAUAAAACUGAUCUCGCAUUCGGGUCGUACGGUUAAGGUGCGAGCAUUGUUAGAUUCCGGGUCUGAAGCCUCGUUUGUAUCAGAACGCGUCGCCCAACAGCUCCAACUACGCCGCCGGAGAGUGAACGUGACGGUCUCCGGCCUGCAGGGGGUAACAACAGGGAGAGUGACUCAUGCAGUAUCUCUCAUGAUCGGAAGCGAACUGUCCUCGACCCUACGGAUCGCUAUACCUACUGCUUUAGUCAUGUCCAAACUUACUCCAUUUACUCCUGGCAAACAGGUUCACAAAGGGCACUGGCCUCACCUACGUGGCAUCCAGCUGGCAGACCCAAACUACGACAAACCAGCCUCGGUAGACGCGGUGCUCGGAGCCGACGUUUACGGAAUGCUAAUCGAGAGUGGAGUUAAACACGGACAACCCGGAGAGCCGUAUGCUCACUCUACCGUCUUUGGCUGGGUAUUGAUGGGCGCAAUUGGACAUACGAACUAUCCGCCCGGAAUUGACAUCGCAAGUCACCAUGUAACCAUUGAACAGGAUCUGCGACAACAACUACAGCGGUUUUGGGAGCUAGAAGAGGUGUCUGGGGAGUGCCCACUCACCCCGGACGAAGCUUAUUGUGAGAGGCUGUUCGCAACGACCCACACUCGUGACUCAGAUGGACGUUAUGUCGUUCGCCUACCCCGUAAGCAAGAGCCCUCGUUAGAGCUCGGAGAUUCAAGGUGCGGGGCACUGCGUUUACUCUUGGCAGCCGAGAGUCGACUACGGAGAAACCCUUCACUCUACACCAGUCAUACGUCGAGUUCUUGA